AUGGAAGAGCUGUUGGGGUGUAGAGUCAAUGACCCAUAUGGGAAGAGAAGAAUAUUGUGCGUUCUCAGGCAUAAUAAUACACCAAAAUCCAAGCAUCCUUUAGAUAGAAUCGUAUAUAAUGACGUUUUCCACAGACUACGACCGAGAUUCUCAGGAGAGUGGCUUGGUCAAAUCAGCCGGGUACUUUUGACGACAUCCCUAAUCUUCGGUAAUCCUUGGUCUACCAAAAUGUUGUCUUGCGGUUCCCGUAAAGAGCCUCUGGAACUUAAGCAUUUCGUCCAGGAUGACGAAAUAAUGGAAGAAAUCAAAAUGAAAAGUAAUAAUGCCAACUUGCAUUAUCACUCGAUGAUCUACAGCCAGCACUGGUCUGGUUCCUGGUCAGGGUGUGGUGUUACCUGUCAAGAUCAUACUGAUCUGCAACGGUAUACUCUCUUACACAUAGACAACAAGUCUGCAUAG